AUGGACGUUAUUGUGACUAAUAGGUCGAAAGACGUUUAUCUUCAUGAAGGAUUUCAAUAUAUAUUCGAUAGGAUGAGCGCUGACAAUAUCACAAAAUAUUAUAGAUGUCGCAGAAGGGAUAUUCACUGUAAAGGACGAAUCCACGUAAAUAACCAACAUGUAAUAGUUAAGGGAACCCACGGUGGCCAUGACGAAUCUCCUGUGGAUGUAGAGAUGGCAUCAACAAUAUGUAGGAUAAAAAGAAGAGCUGCUGAUACAAUGGAAGCCCCGGCUGUAGCAAUUAACCAGUGUAUAGAUGGAUUAUCUGUUGCUGGUAAAGGAGCCUUAUCAUCUAUAAACACAUUAAAAAAAACUGUGCGACGGGUAAGACGUCAAAAUGGGCCACAAAUUCCUGUUGCCCCUUUGACAUUAUUUGAAUUGGAUAUCCCUGACAGUUUUAAGGAGUAUGAAGUCGAACCAGGAGUAUUUGAGAAUUUUUUACUAUGUGAUACUGGCCCUGAGAUUAAUAGAAUUCUUUUAUUCGGUCGUCAAAGAGGUUUAGAAAUAUUAUCAACAUCUGAACAAUGGUUUGUAGAUGGGACUUUCAAAAUAGCUCCCAUACUAUUUUCUCAAGUUUUUGUAAUAUUAGGAUGUCGAAACGGAGGUGUACAUCCAUGUGUUUAUGCUAUAUUGCCAAAUAAAAGUCAAGCAACAUACAACAAUUUGCUUGUACAAAUAAAAAAUUUAUCGCCGGGCAUCAACGUAGGAAGUGUCUCCGUGGACUUUGAACUAGCGAUCCACAACGCGUUUAGGAACGAAUUUCCUGAAGUUGAAAUUCGUGGAUGUUUUUUCCAUCUUCUUCAGAAUUUGAAGAAACAAAUUGGAACUGCAGGGUUGAUGGCUUCUUAUAGAAAUAACGCAGAUUUUAAUUUAUACGCACGUAUGAUAACUGCCUUGGCGUUUGUUCCUCCCGUAAACGUCGUUGAAAGCUUUGAAAUGUUAUGUGAAGAGUUGGAACGGGUAGAGCCUACAUUACAGCCAAUUUUAGAUUGGCUGGAAAUGUAUUAUAUUGGAAUAUUGAGAAGAGAAGGUGUGAGGAGGGUACCAGCAUUUCCGAUUGAGACAUGGAACUUGUACGAUAGAGUCCUUACUGAACAAAUGAAAACAAACAACGUAGCAGAAGCUUCUCAUCGGCGACUGCAAGCACAGCUCAGCAUGAAUCAUCCGACCAUCUGGCAGUUUAUAAUUGAAUUGAAGAAAGUUCAGGCAGAAAGAGAUCUGUAUUAUGAGUUUCUUGUUGGAGGCCAUGAACCACCUCCAUCAAAAAAAAAAUACGUAGAAGCAUCAGACCGCAUUUUAAAUUUAGUUCUACAUUUCAGGGACCGUAAUAUUAUUGAGUAUUUAAGAGGUUUAGCUCAUAAUUUUGUAAUGGACCAUUAA